AAGAAUCUGGAAAUUGCAACAUGUCAGAAGUGGAAGAGUCGGGUCCUGUAUACUACUUUCCAGGAGACAAUGUAAAGCUGUCUACAGUCGCAGAGCAAGGAACUGUCCGACUAGGCCCUGGCUUAGUUCAUCAAAAACACGACCAGGAAGAUGAAAUUAAGGUAUCUCGCGCUGGCUUUCUGCAUCAGGGAGCCAAAAAUACUGUUUUAGUGGACACUAGAAUGAAAAGAUAUGUUCCUGCUAUGAAUGAUCAGGUCAUUGGCCAAGUUACUUCCCGAUUUGCUGAGGGUUACCGGGUGGAUAUUGGAUCAGCACACAGUGCUCAAUUGAACGCAUUGGCUUUUGAGAACGUUACUAGGAAAAGCAAGCCAAACCUAGCAGUCGGAAGCCUAGUUUAUGCUCGCGUAUCUUUGGCUGACCGCGAUAUGGAACCAGAGCUGGAAUGCGUAGAUGCAACAACUGGAAAAGCUGGUGGCUUUGGAGAAUUGAAGGAUGGCUAUAUGAUCACUGGGUUAUCUUUAUCUCAUUGUAGAAACCUCUUAACCCCUAAAAACGCACUUUUGCAAACUCUCGGUACCUAUGUUCCUUUUGAAAUUGCUGUUGGAAUGAAUGGACGUGUGUGGGUUCACUCUGAAACAAUCCCGACUACUAUUUUGAUUACCAAUUGCAUUAAAAAGUCUGAAUUUUUGGACGAUGAUGAACGGGUUCAGUUAGUAAAGUCUAUGGUAAAAAAUCUUUAACCUCUCACUAGAUUCCGAAAAGAGCGUUCAUUGUACAGUAACAUAAAUGGUGAUGAAUACAAUUGUUUCAAUUCUCAUGUUUUCCAAAUGUCCUACUUACCUACAUUAAAGAAUAAUUUUUUGUUUUAAAUUCGCUCAAAAGACAAUAGACUGUAGAAACC